AUGUGGAACAUUGCUCGUCAUCUCCUGCUCCUGGUGUGCUUGCUCUUUGCAGUGAGCUGCCAUGAAACAAAACCAGGACACUAUCUUGUUCUGAUAAAAGAUAAUCACCAUACUACACUUCAUGAUCAUAUGGCUUGGGCCAAUAUGAUCAACCAGGAUAGCGGCUCGGGACAUUUCGGAGUCCAAGAAUAUUAUGAUUGCGCCAUUGGCAAAGGGUAUUUUGCCCAUAUCUCUGGCAAGACAGCAACAGAGAUUGGAAAACGCGAUGAGGUCCUUCACAUUGUCCCACAGUCCACAUGGUCCCUUGCAACAGCACCGUCAAAUGAAGAGAUCAUUGUUGAUAAGAAAAUCGAUCCCAAAAACUGGGCCCUUCAUGCAAUUUCUUCGAACCCACCAGAAAACAAGGGCCCAUAUAAGUAUCACAAAUCCCAGGCCACUGGAACCUAUAUCUACAUUGUAGAUUCUGGCAUUCAGUCUGACGACGAGGAGUUUCAAGGGCGCGUAAUAUCUGGUUGGGGGUACAGCGCUCGAGAUGAUCUUUACGAAGGAGUUGUCGGCGGUGAGCUACGUCAUGGCACUUUUGUGGCCGGAAUUGCAGGAGGUGUCCGUCAUGGAGUCGCUAAAAAUGCUACACUGGUUGAUGUGCAAGUUGGGCGCGACCACCCAGGAUCCUCUCAACUCUGGGGCGGUAGCAUCGCUAAAGGGCUUUGCUGGACAGCGGAUGAUAUUAUGCUACACAAUCGCGCCAACAAGUCCGUUGUCAACAUAUCACUUGCCCCUGGCCGAUUACAUUGUCGUGCUGCACUCAAAUGGCUCGAACGUCUCGAGGAGAGAGGCGUGACGGUAGUUGUUGCCGCAGGGAACGAUGGAGUAGACGUCAAAAGUUCGUGCUUUGGAAGCAACCUCCAUGCUAUCCAAGUGGGUGCAUACGACAGGGACUUCAAUGCUGCAAAUUUCAGCAACCACGGCACAGGUAUCACAGUCUGGGCACCUGGGGUGGAGGUACGAUCCGUUCUUUCUAAGGCUGUUCUCGACAGAGAGGGACGUAAACCUUGGCCCGACGACACGAAAAAAGGGACAUCGUAUGCCGCCCCACAUGUGGCAGGAAUUAUUGCCGGCUGGAUGGGUGAAACCGAAGAGGGGCUCUCUCCAAAGCAGGUCCGAGAGAAACUUGAUGAGCUCUCUCAUAAGGAUGUACUGGGCACUGACGACUUUGAGAAAUGUCAAGUCCCUAAGGAUGAGUGGGAACAUCGAUUAGCUAACAACCGAAUCGUCUACAAUGGUGCAGAUGUUUAA